AUGGCGCUUAUCACUGCUCGAGUCUUCGUUGCGCUCUUGACCGCCGGCCUCGGCCCACGUGUACAGCCGGAACUAAAGCAUGAGCCUGCCAAAAGUGGUGCCAACACAUCCGUGGCCGCUUGCGUCGACGCGGACUCCUCCUUCUGCCGCAGUGACAAUGUGUGGUACUACCAGUCGGGGCAGUGCUGCACCAAGGACAACAACGCCUACGUCACCUGCAAGAAAGCCUCUGACUCGAGCUUUUGCAAGGGGCCCGACUGGAAGUACAUGGGCCUUGGCCAGUGCUGCACGACGCUACUCCUACCUGGGUCAAGGGCUCUGUUGCGUCACAAGCCAGUGGAAGGUGUACCUGACCUGCCAGACCGGCACCGAUAUGAGCUUCUGCAAGAGGGGCUCCGGCUGGGAGUAUCUCGGUAG